CAUUUUUACAUUUCAUGUUUGAUACGGAAUGACGGUUAGGCUACUUUGCUUACCAGACUUGUGCUAACUUACUGGUAGCCGCACUGUGGACCCAAUCUCCACCUCAUGUGCACCCGCCCAAACAAUCAGGUUUAUCUCACCUCCCCCAAAACCAUCCCUUACAGUUGCUCCAAAACCCAAUACUAGACAGAAAAAAUAACUCCUUUCGCUUCGAUAACAUUGCCAUUUUUUUUUCUUUUCGUUUCUUCUUUUCCUCUUCGCCUUUCAUUUUUAUUCUUCCAUUUUUACGUUGUGUGUUUUGACAGCAAAAGGAAGUUGUUUACUUUAUAUUAUUAUCCCUUUUCUCUAUUUUUAUUCCGUUGGAAAUCCCUUUUGAUUCUCAUAUAGUAUAUCCUUAUAUCAUGGUGACUCGCGCACUUGCUUAUGAACCGAAGGGCCCACGCAUCGACCAGGACGACGACGACUACAGCAGCGAAGACAUCCAUCAGCCCGAGAAACGGGAGAAACAACCUCGUAAAAAGCAGAGCAGCACACAAGCACUAGUUGAGUUUCUGAACACCACUGGACCAGAAGAGUUUCAAAAACAGGCCACCGUUCCCAAGCGUGGAUCUACACUUUUUUUUAGGCGGCGUAAGAAGUCACCAGCCAGGCCACCGAUUCCUCCCAGCCCUGGAAACCAAAAAAAAUAUGUAGAGAUAGUCACUGGCUAUCCUUUGGAUAUACUUGGCAGCCGACGAUUGUCUAAAGUGCCAUCGCUGGCCGCUGCAAAAUACAGUGGCUUUCGUCGAAGUAUCAUAACUCCAGAUGGCCUCCCUAACAGCACUCCCCUUCCGCAAAACCAUCGUAAACAAAAGGAAUCCAGCUUAUAUAGUCCAACCAGCCGCAACUAUUUUUCUGAUCUCACCAGUGCCAAUCUCCAUGAAAAAGCAGUUGAGGCACCUCACUAUUUGGUAAAAUCACAAAGCGACUAUUCCAUAACAGCUAGUGAUAUUAGCUCACCAGCUAUACCAUUGAAAUCCAGUCGGCGAGUUUCACCACCAAACAACGUUCGCCAUGGUUAUGCACUAUCAAGCGACAGUGGAAUGACCUUUGGUAAUGCGGCAAUAUGGUCGGCGGACUCACCUCAGUCAGACGAUACGGAAAUUAUCAGUGGCCACUCUCGUUCUCCUUCUCCACAAGCUAUGGACAAACGACAGGUUGAUCGAAGUCGUUCGAUGGAUAAUUUGAGAGUAUCCAACAUCAGCAGUACGUCACAAGAAAGCUCAACCGCACCAAGGCGUCCUAGGUCCAAAAGUGGGAGCUUGGCCUCUCAGUGGCCAUCUAGUAGGUCAGUUGGAUCUCCGAUAGGGCGAUCCGAUCUAUCUGGUAAAGCGCGAGGACGACAUCGAAUUGAUCUGGUUGAGAGAGCAUUAUCCCAAAGAAUCGAGGCAUUUCGAGCCACAAAUGGAAACUCGGUUCAUUCAACGCCAAGUGAGAUGGUUGCAAGUCAAUUGGUAGCAGAACAUCUCCGUGCUCUGCAGUUAUCCAGCGUCGAACAGAUCGACGCGGUGGAGAAUAUGGCCAUCACGGCUGCUAAUGCUGAAUACGCACACCAUCAGUCUACUCUCACUACUAGCAGUAUUAGUCCAUCACAUUCAAAUGGAAGACUUAAUAUGGCUAUUAUGGCAGAAAGAAAAAAAAUUCGGCAUGUUCAAGUUCAAACUAUGGACACGGUGGAAAAAUGCAAGGCUUCAACACAAACCGACUCCUUAAUAGUAGUACGAGAAGGAAACAAUGUGGUGGUUGGUCCAAGCGGAAAACAUCUGAAUGGAUCCUUUGUUUCUUGUCCUUCAUGUUCUUCCAUCUUUCACCAUGGCGAUAUCGAUCUAUCGUCCCCUAAAGAGGUAGCCUUUGACCGUAAAAAAUCUUAUUCUACUCCUGCUGUCACUACAUCUCAAGCUCUAAAGAUGUACGACUCAUCACCUCAACGCCCAGCUUCUGCAGGGGCUGGCCCAACACCUCAACCUAGCAAAAAUUAUUUGACACCCAACAGUAAUCAAGAGGAUUUGCAGCAACAAGUUACAUCUCUUUUGCAUGCUGUUAGUGAACUACAAUCUCGCCUGACCAACGAACAACGCGCCAAGAAACGCCUUGUAGCAGCAAUGAACGACUCCAAUGAUAAAUCAGAGCUAUUGAGUGCUCUCGCUUAUAAAAAAUUGCGAGAGCUUUGGGAGGAAAAGUGUCGAUGGGAAGCUGCGUGCUAUGCUAUGCAAGAACGAUUCACGCAAAUUGAUCAACUGGAUGUUGGUAACGAUAGAGGAUGGAGCCGCGCUGACUGGAAUCAUGAUCUUUAUGCAAACCCCAGUCAUGUCGAAGAAUCAAUCGCUGCAAGUCAAGAUCGUGACUUGAGCUAAAUUCUAUCCCCUUCGCCACCUUUAUUCAACCCCUCCUGGCUCAUUGUCUCUUCUUUAUUCGAUCUAUCUCCCUGGGCCAUUUGUCCUUUCUUUUUCUUGGUGCUUUUACAACCUUCCUUUUAUUAGCCUCUUCCAACUCAACCUACCGCUUCUCGAACUUUUUUUUUCCAGAUCCUCCUUCCAUCCUCAUUCAUUAUCCAACCAAAGCCUACUGCUUUGACGAAUAGUUACAUCUGACGAUGCAAACGUUUUUACUAUACAAGAAAUGGCUUUUCUUGUUACUUCAUUGCCAUCAACUGCCACAAAAAAUGAUAUGUACCUUUGUUCAAAUAAAACAUGACCACUUGGUGCUGCUGCCCAAUUGAUGGGUCACAACAAUUUAAACGAGGUGGCUGUA